AUCUAUAUACAGUAUCUAGCUAACAUUGAAGUUCAUGCUUUCUGUUUGCUGUUGGUCUACAUAACCAACCAUGACACUAAACAAAAACUUAUCUACCAACCGACAAAGUGAAGUUAUUGAUAAAUAACUGUUUAAUGAUUGAGACUCGUAGUCCAGGUUAUAAGCCACAGUGAAGCACGGUGGUGGUGGCAGCGUGUCACAAGAAGGAGACAUGAAACCAAACCAUGAGCAGGAACUUCUUGUCCAUGAACAGUGAGCUCAGGAAGGGAGACUUUCUGAUAUCCAACAAUGGAGAGUAUAAAGCAGUGUUUCAGGAGGACGGGAACUUUGUGGUCUACGGCUGGAAGCCGAUUUGGGACUCGGACACUGCUGGCAAGUCCAACGCCAAAAGGCUGAUCAUGCAAGAAGACUGCAACUGUGUCAUGUAUUCAGGCAACAAAGCUUUGUGGCACACCAACACACACCGCAAGAACGUCAAAAUGUGCCGUCUGACUCUGAGAAAUGACGGCGUCCUGGUUGUGGAUAACGACGGGAAAGAGCUGUGGAAAUCUACCAAGUAAAAUUAAAAUGUAAUGACAUUAAACUUCUUUUCUCUUCUAUCAGUGAUAAAGAGUCAAUAAAGUACAA